UCCCACACAUCUGUAGUUGAGUAUCUCUGCUAGGCUGUGGAAGACAGCGCACCGUGGAAGAGGAGCAGCAAAGUCGGACUUUUCAAUGGUUCUUUACCGAUUCUGCGGUCAUUUUUAGCCUCCUGGAUUGCUAUAUGGGACUUUUUCUUUACAUCAUUUUGAGUUCGGCUGGGUUAAGAGAGCGGAGAGAUAUUUCGUCAUGUUUUAAAAGUUCGCUUAUUUGGGGGAAAGUUUAAACCCCUGUGUCGGAAAGGUGAGACGACUUCGGCUGCAGCUUCUUGAGUGGCUUAUAACGUUGUUAAAGAAGACAGAGCGGUAUUAAUUCAAAUUAAACUCGUUAUCUUGUCAGUUUUAUCUGAUUGUGAGGUUGUAGUAAUUUGUUAUCCUGCGGUGAACACCACCAAUCAGCAUGUCGGGGAAGUGUUGCUCUGUGUAACCAGUUCAUCCAGCUCAGCGUGGAGUUUCGACGGCUUGAAGCACUUCCAGGUAAACCACUGACGAGGUUUUCCGCUCCUCCAAAGUCCCUUAACAGCCAUUGGGAAACGAUGGCUGGUUUGAGCAAUGUCCACAUGAAAACCCUGGAGGACCUGACGCUGGACUCUGGCUACGGAGCAGGGGACUCGUGCAAAUCCCUCAGCCUGUCCUCCUCAAAGUCAAACUCCCAGGCCUUCAUCACGACCCCCCACCGGGGAAACUGGUGGUACUACUCUGGCUCCAUGAACAGCAGGAACAACAGCUGGGACACUGUCAACACUGUCCUCCCCGAAGACCCGGAGGACAUCUUCUCCAAGUGCCACCGCCUACCUGAGCUGGAAGAGUUCCCCUGGACUGAGGAAGAGGUGGCCAAGAUAUUACGCAAAGUGGCCGAGAGUGGUGGCUUUAAGUGGGGUCCUACACCUGUGUUCUCCCCGGAGGCUGUGAAGCGGCUGUCCACUCUCCUCCGCAGGGCUCUCAUCCGCAUCUCCAGAGAGGCUCAACGGCUCAGUGUGAUGCACUGCCGCUGCACACGUUUCGAGGUUCAAAGCGCCAUGAGACUGGUGCUCAGCUGGGCCCUGGCUGACCACUGUGUCUCUGCUACAGUCAAAGCCAUCUCCAUGUACUGUAUGAGCGCAGGUGAGCUUCUGAGAAAAGGCAAGUCCGCCCGCUGCGGCCUCUGCUUCUCCGUGGGACGAUUUUUCCGCUGGAUGGUGGACACCCGUAUCUCCGUGCGCAUCCAUGAAUACGCAGCAAUUUGUCUUACUGCGUGCAUGGAAGCUCUGGUGGAGGAGAUGGGAGUCAGGGUGCUUAUGGCUGAGAGAGGUCAUCCAGGGCCGGAUUCGGGGUCAGGAUGCAUCCCGGUGAGUGCAGAGGCCCUGGAGGGGGUCGUGAACAAUGACGCUGAACUGUGGGGAGUCCUGCAGCACUACGAGCAUCUGAUCUGCGGGAAGAACGCCAACGGUGUUUUGUCACUCCCAGCUCAUUUCAGUCCCUACACAGAGAACCAGCAGACGUCUGUGGACAGCAGGGAGGAUGCAUAUGCCCAGCUGGAGCUGAGGACACUGGAGCAAUCCCUGCUGGCUACCUGUGUGGGCAGCAUCUCAGAGCUCAGUGACUUGGUGUCCCGUGCCAUGCACCACAUGCAACGUCUGAGCUCAGUGCGUCCAGGGCAGAGCCCAGCCCGUCACGCUCGUCCCCAGCAGCCCGUGUCCUGGUCGCCUGACGCCCUCCACACCCUUUACUACUUCCUGCGCUGCCCACAAAUGGAGUCCAUGGAGAAUCCCAACUUAGAUCCCCCACGCAUGGCUCUUAGCAGAGAGAGGCCUUUUCUGCUGCUGCCACCUUUGAUGGAGUGGAUGAGGGUGGCCAUAGUUCAUGCUGAGCAUCGCAAGAGUCUGUUGGUGGACAGUGAUGAUGUCAGACAGACUGCCAGGCUUCUUCUUCCAGGACUGGACUGUGAGCCACGGCAACUGAAGCCUGAGUGCUGCUUUAGCUCUUUCAAGCGUCUGGACUCCAAAGCUGCUACAGAUAAAUUCCACCUAGAUUUGGGUUUUCGGAUGCUCAACUGUGGCCGCACGGACCUCAUUGGCCAAGCUAUCAGUCUGCUUGGGCCAGAUGGGGUCAACAGCAUGGAUGACCAGGGUAUGACCCCUCUGAUGUACGCCUGUGCAGCUGGAGAUGAGGCCCUUGUCCAGAUGCUGAUUGAUGCUGGGGCCAACCUCGACGUGGCGGUUCCUCCAUGCUCCCUAAAGCACCCCUCUGUGCAACCUGAUAGUCGACACUGGGCAGCUCUCACCUUUGCCGUGUUGCAUGGACACAUCUCCGUAGUGCAGCUCCUGUUGGAUGCGGGGGCCAAUGUGGAGGGGGCAGCAGUCCGUAACGGACAGGAGAGUACAGCAGACACUCCAUUGCAACUGACUUCGGCAGCAGGCAAUUAUGAGAUGGUGAGUUUGCUCCUGGCCAGAGGGGCUGACCCCUUAUCAAGAACCCAUGAUGGAAAUGCUCUCACAUCAUCCCUUUAUGAAGACAUGAACUGCUUCAGUCAUGCUGCUGCACAUGGACACAGGAACGUGCUGAGAAAGCUGUUGACUCAGCCCCAGCAAAUCAAAGAGGAUGUCCUGUCUCUGGAGGAGAUCUUGGCAGAGGGGGUAGAAGAUGAGGUUGAAGGGAUCUGUCCUUUCCUCUCCCUGUCCCCUCUGCCAACCCCUUCCAACGGCACAGCAGCCCUGCCGGAGGUGGGCAUACCAAAGCUCUGCAAGGCCAGGAUGAAGGCUUUGCAAGAGGCCAGCUACUACAGCGCUGAGCACGGCUAUCUCGAUGUCACAAUGGAGCUUCGUGCUAUGGGUGUGCCAUGGAAACUUCAUGUGUGGCUGGAAUCUCUUCGCUGUGCCCAGCAGCAGUCCAGGGCAGGGGUCACCCUCUCUCUCCUCAGAGAGUUCACCACAAUCCGAGAAGAGGACUACUGUGAGGAGCUGGUCACCACAGGCCUGCCACUUAUGUUCAAUAUCUUGCGGACCACUAAGAAUGAUGCCAUUAUUCAGCAGCUGGCAGCUAUUUUUAGUCACUGUUUUGGCUCAGCACCUCUUCCUGUCGUCCCUGAGUUGAAGGCAUCUCUUUCAGCACAGUUGGACCCUCACUUUCUGAAUAACCAGGAGAUGUCAGAUGUGACCUUUGUGGUGGAGGGGAAGCCAUUCUACGGACAUAAGGUCCUUCUGAUCACUGCUUCUGAUAAAUUUAAAUCUCUGCUGGCAUCCUGUGGACCAGAUGGAAACCCCAACAAGGAGAUCGAAGUCAGUGAUAUUAAGUACAAUAUUUUCCAGAUGAUGAUGUCAUACUUGUACUGUGGGGGAACUGAGUCGCUAAAAACCAAUGUGCCUGACUUGCUGGAGCUGUUGACAGCUGCCAGUUUGUUCCAGCUGCAAGCACUACAAAGGCACUGUGAACUCAUCUGCUCCCAGCACAUAAACCUGGAAAAUGCAGUCAGUAUCUACAAGACAGCCAAGGCACAUGGUUCAGUGGAGCUGUGCUCAUUCUGUGAAGGUUACUUCUUGCAGCAGAUGCCUCCACUGAUAGAGAGAGAGAGUUUCAAGAGCCUGUUGUUGGGCCCCCCCGGGGCUCGACAGGGCAACAGCUCCACUUCUUUACUGGCUCACUGCCGUGUUGACUCACCUCUGGAGGAGCUGGAGGCCACCCUGGCACAACGUCUUCGCUCUCUCUAUAUUUCAUCCAGAGUCUGAAGACACAAGGAUGCUGUAGAGAGAUGAAAAAAGAAAUGGAGGAGCAUGGUAGAUGAAAUGGAAGUUGAAUCUACUAAGUGAUACAAGAUCAGAUUUUUAGCAGUUGUCUAAAUACACUCCUACUAAAUCUGAUUCUAUCUGUGUGUUAAGGUGCAACUUCUGCAGUACUUUGAAACUGGGGUGCAGAUCAGUGGGUGGCUUUAGCAGCAGAUUACUCUGUGGAAUAUUCAGUGUUUAUUAUUUCAGGCCGAGCACGGCAUUGUGAUAAUUGUUGUAAUAAACGUGUGUCUACGAAGAAGGUGGACAAUGAUGUUUCUCUGCAAAGCUCAGGAAGCUUGAUUGGAGAAUCUACCAAAGGGAGCAACAAGUGGCUACUUUGAAUGAUGAAACACUGCUGCCCUCUACUGGAAAAAAACUGCCAAAACCAAUGUUUGCCUUGAAUAUUUGGGAUCAACCGCUCCCUCCUGGUUUGGACUGAUGCUACAGAAACAGACUGAAGGAUCUAAUAGAGACUGAAGUGAGGUGUCAUUCAAACUAAUAACGGUGAAUGGGAGGCUGUGGGUAGCCUCAGUGCCUCUCACAGUGAUGUAAACGUUGAGUUAACUAAUGUACUUUUUUUAACGUUAGUUUUUUUUUUUUUUUUUAGAGUAUGACCAGAGCGAUACACUUACUGCAGAGUGGGAUGGACAUUUUCUAUUUAAUGAGGAAAAAAAAGAUGUGAAAGUAUUUAAUGGGGUGUUCCCUUUUUAUUUUGUUUUUAAUCCAAGCUAAUUAUUAUUAUUGUAAAAAUAUGCUUUUGUUGUUUGUCCAGGUACACUAACAGUUUAUUAAGCUUAUAUAUCUUAAGUUUGACGUAACUAGAUUCCAGCAUUGAUUUUGGACGAGUCGGUUUUAAGGCUGAAUAUUAAAAUAAACCUGGUAAACAAACCUUGUCAUUUUGUCCUUGUACUGGGAAUC